UGAACAAGAAACAAAUCCAAGAUUUCAGCCAUUGGCAUUAGGAAGACAAGGAUUCAGCUUCCAUAAUGCCUCUGAGGAAGAAAGUGAGACCAAGUUCUGCUUCUGGGAAGUUAGAGACCUCCACGCUGACCAGCAUUCUGAAUGAGCUAACAGAGCUGACAUCAACAAAAGACUCUCUGUUUGGAAGGGCACAGACUUCAUUAGGAGGCCCCAGAUUGCAAACUGCCUCUCCAGUUUCUAUUGGCAGCUUCUCAGAAGGCCAAAAGAAUAUUCCCAGACCUCCAGAAUGGCUGGUGAGGGAAUUGCUGAAACGGCAGCAAAGGAGUCACUCCAUUGGACUCAUGGAAAACAUCUCAGAGAGCGAAAGUAUUCACCACCGUGCCGAUUCCUCCCGAAGUCACUGGAAAGGCAAAAUCGAACAGCAGAUUACUCUUGAUCAGCUGCAGAAACUAUACACAGCCUUUCAGGGAUUGGAAACAAGUGGACAUAAAUCUGUGGAUGUAGAAAGCUUCAAGCACAUAUUAAAGACAUGUGCGGGGUCACAUAAUACAACUGAUGAAGAAGUGGAAAAACUAUUCAUGAAAAUAGACUAUUUGGCAACUGGCAACAUUCAGUGGCAUGAUUUCUGCACAUACUUGCAGAUAGAAUAUGCUGAAUUGGACAGCUCAUCUACACGCCUGAAAGAGGUCGCCUUUUCACUUCCUGCCACAAUGCAAGAGAUCCCACACGGAGAGCCUGUACUACGCAUUUGCUCCCUGGUGGAUAGCACAUUAAUAACAGCACAAGAAGAUGGGCAAAUUUCCUUCUGGUCACCAGAGUUCAAACUCAAACGAAGCAAAAUGGUGUUUGUAUGUCACAUGUUUUUAUGUUGCAGUAUUUAG